AUGGGGGAAACAAAACCAGUCCUUCUAGCGGAGCAAGAGUAUCAUGGAAGGAUGUUUGUAGACCAAAGAAAGAAGGGGAGUCGCUGUGGGUAUCCUGGCUCAAGAUUAGGGUCUCAGAAAUCUUGGCACAAAGCCAUCUGGUUUAAGUUAGCUCUAUUGCGUAGAUUACCAACUCGAGAUAGACUCAGAUCAUGGGGUCUUAACGUCCCUGAGAAAUGCCUCCGAUGCUCUGCUGCUGUAGAGACCCACCAUCAUCGCUUCUUUGAGUGUCAAUUUUUAGCAAGCAUAUGGACUUUCUUUGCAGGAUCAGUCUGGCGGCCUAACCCACCUCAAGACAUUCACUCUGCUGCGGCUUGGAUUUGUAUGGACAGAAAUUCUUCUUCAGCUCAGGCUAGGUGUAUUAUAAAGCUCAUGUUCCAGUCAACCGUCUACUUAAUAUGGAGGGAAAGGAACAGGAGGAUCUUCGCUUUAACUUCCUCGUCUGCUAACUCGGUUAGAUGUGCUAUUGACAGGCAGAUCAGAGACAGCCUGCUAUCUCUCUCGGCUUCUCCCCGCGUUCAGCCUUCCAUGCCUCAGUUCUUCCUUGCUUGCACUAGGCCGCCUUGA